GUCUGAGAAGAUCUGCACACGUCUGGCGUACGGAAUUGUAAAACAUGGAGCAGAAGGGGUCACCACACAACAUGCUCCUCUGGCUGUUUUUGGCUGCUCUUCCCUGUGUAGCUGAUUUGAGUGACUGGGGAGUCGAAUACAAACCAAAGAUGAUCUGCGCAUUUGAAGGGUCAACUGUGAGGAUUUACUGCACAUACAAACAUCCAGCAGAUGUUACUGUUAACAAGAAAAUGUGGCUGUUUGGUCCUAAGGAAAAUGAGACAUCUAACGAUCAAGUAAUAGCAGAGUAUCUUAAAAAUGGGCAGGGAGUACCCGACCGUCACCGAGUUCAGUUCUUGGGGAACAAACAGAAGACGACGUGUGACAUAAAGAUCAGCAACGUGAGCCGAGAGGACAGCGGAUACUACAAGUUUAGAUUUGAGGGGACAAAUCACUGGACACAAAUACCAGGAGUCCACGUGACAGUCAGAGGUCUGAUGGUUGAACCAACAGCGAGGGAGAUAACAAAGAACGACACGGUGACCCUGAGGUGCCGAGCGACUUGCAGUCUAGAAAACAGCGCCAGCUCCUGGUUCAGAAAUGGCCAACAGUUAAAUGGAACCUCAGAGACGCUUGAAAUCCAGAGAGACGACCUAAGCAAUUACUCCUGCCGGACUGGAAACAUCACGUCCCCUGAAUUCAACCUGAGCACCCUGAAUGCCCCCAUGAAUACAGAAAUCACAGGACAUCCCACCAAUUGCAUAGUGAAAGGGACAUCAGUGACUUUAAACUGCAGAGCCUCUGCAAACCCACCCAGCAGCUACACCUGGGUCAAGGAGAACAGCAGCCAUGUUGGAUCAGGAGAACAACUAAACAUCAGAAAUUUCAACGAGAGUCACACCGGGUCUUAUCACUGUGAAGCCACCAACAUCCUUGGGAAGGCAAAGUCAUCAGCUGUCACUCUGACUGUUUAUGAUCUGAGUGAAUGGGGAGCCACUUAUGAGCCGAUGACGAUCUGCGCACUUGAGGGAUCAACUGUGACGAUCAGCUGUAAAUACAAACAUCCAGCAUGUGUUACUAUUGAAAAUGAAAUAUGGCUGUGUGGCCCAAAACAAAAUGAGACAGUUAACGGUGAAGAAAUAACUGUGUAUCAUACAAAAGAGAGCAACGUGAACAGACGUCACAGACAGCGAGUUCAGAUCUUGGGGAACAAACAGAAGACGACGUGUGACGUGAUGAUCAGCAACCUGAGCAGGGAGGACAGCGGAUACUACAAGUUUAGAUUGGAGGGAUCAGAUCACUGGACACACCUGCCAGGAGUCAACGUGACAGUCACAGGUCUGAUGGUUGAAGCAACAGAGGAGGAGAUCAAAGAAAGAGACACGAUGACCCUGAGGUGCCAAGCGACUUGCAGUCUCGAAAACAGCGCCAUCUCCUGGUUCAGAAAUGGCCAACAGUUAAAUGGAACCUCAGAGACGCUUGAAAUCCAGAGAGACGACCUGAGCAGUUACUCCUGCCGGACCGGAAACAUCAGGUCCCCCGAAUUCAACCUGAGCACCCUGAAUCACAUGAAUCCUGUGUGGUUCGCUUUGUCAGGUCUUAUUAUCCUAGCUGGACUGGCUCUAGCAGUUCUCCUGUUUCUAAGGAAAAGGCCCAAGAAGAAAAGUCAGAAAAAUGCAGACGCCCAAGAAGGCAAAGAGACUUUCAAUAAUCCUGUCUAUGAAGGUAUAACUGUGUCUGGAGGUGAACUUGCAGAGCACGAAGGUGAAGAUGAGCCAACCUUGAAUUACGUCUCCAUGCAGUUUUAGCCUGAUGCUAACAGAAGGGUGAAAUCGAAAGGACAAGAAGAGAAGAAUGAAGUUUAAAAUCGAGAUGUCAGCUACAGAGCAGUACUUAUGAAGUGAUGAUGUCAGUCAAACUGACCAUGAAGAUGACGUCUGGAGAACUUUCUGA